AUGCCCCAUCACGAAUCGCCUCCCAUGGCCCCCGCAGUCAUCGUCAGCAAGUCUACCGACCCCUCCUCCGCUCUACCGCCGUCGCAAGAUGACGUUUCCUCGAUUCUCGACACAGUCUUCACGGCGAAACUUUCGCAAGCCUCACUCGAUGCCGCGUACGCUCUCACAAAUCUCCUAAUACAGUCCGUCGGCUUUCGAGGGCUGCAGGCAUACGGCGUUCUCGACCAAGUCAAGAAAGCAGCAGGCGACAAGAAAAAUGGCGGGAAGCGAGAGGGCGCCAUGUUCGCCGUCGGCGCGCUGUUUGAGCGCUUUCCGGCACAGCAGCCGCUGAGCGAGGUGGUGUUCUUGCUACAAGAUACGGCCCUUGUGCCGCUUACGCUUGAUGCGCUUGCCGACAAGGGCUCCGCUGUGCGAGAGGGUGCGCAGUAUGCGCUGGACGCGCUGUUCAACAAUCUCAGGCCGGAGUCUCUCGUCGUUGCUCUGUUACCGAUUCUGAUUUCAUACCUGGGCAAGAGGUCGGGCAAAUGGCAGGGUACGGUCGGUGCAUUAGCGCUGCUGGAGAAGAUGGCCGAAAAGGCGAAGAUUGGAAUGGGAAGCCGAGAAGAAGAGCAGAUCAAGGACGUGUUGCGCGAGGCUAUGGGCAAGAAACUAGAACGCCUGAUCCCGGUCGUCGAGGCUGGUAUGCACGAUCUGAAAUCCGAGGUUUCCAAGCAGGCCGUCAAGACCAUGACCGCUUUGACGACGCUACUACAGAAUGACGAUGUGGCGCCGCGGAUACCGUUGCUCGUCAAAUCGAUGGAGAAUCCGUCGACCGAGGCUCUUCAGAAGGCCAUCCAUGCUCUUUCGCAGACGACGUUCGUCGCUAUUGUCACAUCACCCGUCCUCGCACUGCUGACGCCUCUUCUCGAACGCUCGUUGAACACACCCACCACUUCCCAAGAGGUUCUGCGACAAACGGUGGUGGUCGUAGAGAACCUGACCAAGCUGGUCCACGACCCGAUCGAAGCACGGGCUUUCUUGCCCAGGCUGAAACCCGGUGUCAAGACAGUCAAGGACCGAGCAUCCCUCCCAGAAGUCCGUGAGAUUGCACAGAGGGCUCUGGAUGUUAUCAACAAGGCGAUUGGUGAACAGGAUGGCGCCACCAAUGGAGAGCUCUCCCCCGUACAACCAAGCGAUGUUCUGGCUAGACUCGAGAAAGAAGUCAACGCCCAUGGCGGCCUAGUGAAUUACCCAGGCGAUCCGGAUGUAUGGGACUUGACGAAGAAUUAUGUUUCUCAGAUGGUCGCCGAAGACGUCAAUCAGCGGCAGCUGAGCAGGGUCCCACUCUGCAUUGCGCCUUAUUUGCAGCCAUUGAUGCACCCCAGCCAGGCGGAAACGGUUGCGAAGGCUAUCAAGGACUUCUACGUUGAAGAAGACAACCGCAAGUUUGGCGCGCCUAUCAAGGAGGACGACGGCGAAAUUGAGAUUGUCAAUGCAAACUUCUCCCUUGGCUACGGCGGCAUGCUCCUGCUCUCCCACACCAAUCUUCGACUGCUCAAAGGCCACCGUUAUGGUCUGUGUGGUCGCAACGGUGCAGGCAAGUCAACGCUCAUGCGAAGCAUAGCAAACGGAAAGCUUGAAGGCUUCCCGCCACCCGAAGAAGUCAAGACUUGCUUUGUGGAACACAACCAGGGCGAAGAUGCCGAUCUCAGCAUUCUCGAGUUCGUCUCCAAAGACCCUGAGCUGAAGUCCGAAGGCACCGAGCGGAUCUCUGCGGUUCUGGAAGAGGUCGGCUUCACUUCCGGGCCAGAAGGCCGUCAGUCGCAGAAGGUUGGCUCGCUAUCCGGUGGAUGGAAGAUGAAGCUCGCUCUUGCCCGAGCGAUGUUGAUGCGCGCGGAUGUCUUGCUUCUCGACGAACCAACCAAUCAUUUGGAUGUUGCGAACGUCAAGUGGCUACAGGAUUACCUCAAGAAACACACCGAAAUCACCUCGCUCAUUGUAUCUCACGACUCCAGCUUCCUUGACGAAGUAUGCACAGACAUCUACCACUACGAGGGCAAGAAACUGGUUUGCUACAAGGGGAACCUUGCCGACUUCGUAAAGGUCAAGCCGGAAGCGAAGUCCUAUUAUACCCUCUCCGCAUCGAAUGCUCAGUUCAAAUUCCCUCCUCCCGGAAUUCUUACUGGUGUCAAGUCCAUGACCCGCUCCAUUCUCCGCAUGUCCAACUGUACCUAUACCUAUCCUGGCGCUUCGAAGCCUUCCCUCUAUGACGUCUCCUGCCAGUUAUCUCUCUCAUCCCGGGUUGCCAUCAUUGGCGCUAACGGUGCCGGAAAAUCCACCCUCAUCAAGCUCUUAACGGGCGAAACAAUUCCUCAAGAAGGGAGGGUCGAGAAGCAUCCUAACCUCCGUAUUGGCUAUAUCAAACAACAUGCCCUCGAACACGUGGAGAUGCACAUGGAGAAGACGCCGAAUCAGUAUCUCCAAUGGCGGUACGCGAACGGUGAUGACCGAGAAGUGCUGAUGAAGCAAUCGCGUAUCCUCACGGAGGAUGAGAAAGCACAGAUGGAAAAGCCUAUCGAUAUUGGUGACGGCAAAGGCCCAAAAAGAAUUGAGGCGCUCAUCGGAAGACAGAAAUACAAGAAGUCUUUCCAAUACGAAGUAAAAUGGGUCGGCAUGCUUCCCAAGCAUAACAAUAUGAUCUCUCGUGAGACCCUUCUCGAACUCGGCUUCAGCAAGCUCAUCCAAGAAUUCGAUGACCACGAAGCCUCGCGUGAGGGCCUUGGCUUUCGCGUGCUAGAGCCGAAAGUCAUAUCGAAGCACUUCGAAGAGGUCGGCCUGGAUCCAGAGAUUGCGAAUCACAACGAGAUCUCGGGUCUUUCCGGUGGUCAGAAAGUCAAAGUUGUUUUGGCGGCCGCGAUGUGGAAUACGCCGCACUUACUUGUGCUCGACGAGCCCACCAACUUCCUGGACAGAGACAGUCUCGGCGGCCUCGCCGUCGCAAUCCGCGAAUUCAAAGGCGGCGUCGUCAUGAUCUCCCACAACGAAGAAUUCGUCGGCGCGCUCUGCCCCGAACAAUGGCACGUCGCCGACGGGCGGCUCACUCAAAAAGGUUUCCUUGCCGUCAACAUGGACCGCUUCGAAGACAGCCGCCCGGGUAGCUCCGUGGGCUCCAGCGCAGUCAGCUCAGCCACAGCAUCCGCUGCACCUAGCGCGAAUGUCUCCGAGGCGGAAGAUGGUGGAGAUAUGAAGUUCCGCGCGAAGAAGAAGAAGAAGAUGACCAAGAAGCAACUUAAGGAGAGAGAGGUGAGGAGGAGGCUCAGGCAUAUCGAGUGGCUUAAUAGCCCGAAGGGGACGCCGCAUCCGCCGGAUACGGAUGAUGAGGAGUAA